AUGGGCAAUCCCAUCCUCAAAGCAACGAAUGGUUCAGCCGCGCGUUCUACCAAACCAGAGUCAGAAGAUCGCAUAGACAGCCUCCCUACCAACACUUGGCGGCGACGUGAGGAACUUCUGAAUAUCCUCAGGAAGGUCUUAUUUCAAGCAAUUACGAGAAUCAGCGUUGAUUACAGCGACGUGAAUGACGAGGAAUGGCUCAUUGAAAGAGCGGGUCAUUUUCUCGAGAUGUACAAGAGAGAGAGCUUGUGCCCCAACUUGACCACGAUUAUCUGUCAAAUGCCGCGUCGCCAUCCUGCCAACAUGGGGCAAGAAGAAGAGCUGCAAUACGCCUCAAUUUCCGAUUCUGAACUGAACGCUGCUGCUGCAUAUAUUGAAACAAAUGUAGUUGGGCGAUUGGGUCUCAGCACCAACCCCGCUCCGGACUCAACGUACCAAAUCAAACUGCACGCUACGUAUCGAGACCUAUACGGUCUUGAUGAUAUGGGAGUUGCCUACCGGUGCUUAUACAAGCAACGCCGGAGGGAUGGAGGUUCUCUUACUUUUCGACGGGGUCACCAUAUGUCUUUCGAAGGUCCUGUUAUUGAUCACUGCGGAAUGCUAGAAGGCUUGCGAAACCUCUUGCAAUGCUACGACAUGGCACUUGUGCUGAGAGGGUCGCUCCCGGAUCUCGCAAUGCUAGAUUGUGAGCCUGAAUUACAACCAAGCGACCGGCACAUAACGAAGGCCGACCUAUUGAGCGACUUCAGGUCCAGUUUAAAAGAUUUUGCCAUCACCCUCAGCUCUAGAGGGAUUGUUACGCCCGAAGGUAUUGCCAAUGUGGAACUCUGGGAUGAGCUCAGGUGUCUUGAAACUGGUAGGAUUUCGCCACCUGUCAAUAAAGUCCUUGCCUAA